AUGGAGAGAGAGAAAGGCUUAAGGUGGUGGGAUUCAGUGUUGCUUGCAUUGCUUCUAACGUAUGGACUUGCGAGCUCCCAAGAGCAGAGCAAGUCCUGUGCUAUGUCUCAGUGCGGCAUUAUCACAAACAUCAAACAUCCAUUUCGACUAUGUGAUGACCUGCCCAGCUGCGGUGAUCCAAUCUAUGAGCUAGCCUGUGAAAACAACGUAACUCUGCUUCAUCUGAAUUCAGCAACAUAUAGAGUGCUGGGAAUUGACCACAGCAACUUCACAAUCCGACUCGUAGAUCCUGGAAUUCAGGAGGGAAAUUGCUCUUCCCUCCCUCACUAUCUCUUAUCCCUAUCCAAUUUCACUGAUAGUCAUAGCCGUAACCCCUAUGACGCUAUUUUGACAUACAAACAAUUUACAUUCAAGCACGUAGUGUACCUAAAGUGCAGAGAUCCAGUGAGGGAUGACGCAGCAUACCUGGACACAGCUCCCUGCGUUAAGCGGGAAGGAAGAAGUCAUGUUUAUGCUGUGGCUGGAGACCUGUCGGCUUACUAG